GGCAGAAGAGAGUGAGCACAACACGUAGUCAAUAACACGUCGAACACAGCCGGCACAGUUCUUUUGAUACCAUUCAUGUCAGGGAUACUAGGAGUGCGCCGCUCACGCGCUCAACUCCGGACACUGAGCACUCAGCAAUGCGGGCACUCAUACGUGAGUGCCCGCAUCGCUGACAUCUUACUGAGAUAUUAUGCUAUGACAACACAAGUAAUGGCGGGUGUUAGACGGGUUAAAUGGCAGGCAAAGAGGUUCGGAGACUGUUGCAGAUAGGCGCGUGGUGCUUUGUCUGCAGCAGGCGCCGAGCAUAUUAGACCAAGCCUACAAAACAGAUCGAAGCACGAUGUCUCAUCCCGCCUCAAUACGAGUGCACUGCCCGCGUUCAUUAGAUUUCUCGAAUCCUGGUAGGGUUUUGUCAGAAUGUGCGUGUCUUCUCAAGUAAUAGCCUCCCGGAGAGAAGAGUUACCGAAUCAAGCGCUCAUGACCACCAAGAUAUGACAGGGAUGAAGGGGAACACCCUGCUGUCGAAGUUUGAGUGCCCAGCGAGAGUGAACAUCCCGCUGGCUCUCCGUAUAGCGCUUCUGUGCUACAACAACGAGUGAUGCAAGAGCGAAAUGUUGGAUGCGCUCGGCUUCCGCUUACGUGCGGAGAGCUCGCGUCUCGAUGAUGGGGACUUCAUCGAUCUAGGGGCCCUGCGCUCCACGAAACCGCGCAACAGGGAAGAGAGGGUUCCGGGCAAUGAAGGGCUACCAAGUACGAGUGUCCUAGUCAGCGCCCAGAUUGCGAACAGAUGAUCAAGUGAAGGAUUGAAGAUGAGAACUUAGAUGGAUUCGCGCUCACCGCAUUCUCGUAGAAGGUAAGCGGCUUCUAAUCUAACCUCCGACUUCUUGAGACCUGCGCGAGUACAAUAUGUCAGCACUGCGCGACGCUAAUCUGGCAUAAGGAGAACACGCAUGAUACAGCGAAGCGAGCACCUAGCUUCAGUCAGCUGCGAAUCCUCAAUGGCGCACAGCCUCCAAAGAUGAUCGUAUCGCGAAGCACUUCCAUCCUGUCAAUGCAUGCGAAUGCGAUAAGCUGCGGGGGGGAGGAUGGAGAGUACCGAUCUCCUUCUGCGCUCGCACAGCUCUACACGGGGCAUGCGUUCCCCUGUCUUGCUGACCACGUACACAACGGUCCUCCCUCCCCGCAUCCGAAGGGCGGCGUUUGGCAUCCCCUCUGCGCGUAGCGGC